CUUUACAUUCGUGCAGCGCUUGGAUACCCAAAGCCCGCCUUCAUCACCUGCAGUUGAAACACUCCAGACCUCCGCACCACCGCGGACGCGAAGAUGGAAACGAAAUUUUUGCAGCCUUUCUUACUCCUGUUCUUAGCUAUCUCGGUUCCGUGUCUAUCCGAUGCAAGCCAUGAGGAGCAUGCAAGGAAGACCAUGGAGGAGUUCUCUGGGUACCCGGCUGAUUCACCUCCGCACCACUACUCUUUUUCCCCAUCUUCACUUUCUGUUGACAUCCAGGGCUUGCAGAGGCAGAUUGAGGAGUUAUCUUCGUUUUCUGAUGCUCCAGCUCCUGCUGUGACUCGCAUUCUGUACAGUCAGAAGGAUGUUUUAGCUCGGAGGUACUUUAUAAGAUGAUGGAUGCAUCAUGUCAUUAAAGGAAAAUUGGAAAAACUCGGACAUGAAAUAAAGUGCCAAUGUAUAUUAAAUUUAUAUGGGGAGUGGGGGGGAACUGAGGCUGCACUUUCAGCUGUUGCAACCGGUUCUCAUAUUGAUGCAAUUCCUUAUUCAGGAAAAUAUGAUGGUGUUAUUGGUGUAUUGGGCGCAAUAGAAGCAAUUAAUGUUCUAAAAAGGUCCGGCUUUCAGCCUAAGAGAUCAUUGGAAGUAAUUAUGUUCACAUCUGAGGAGCCGACACGUUUUGGAAUAAGCUGCCUGGGAAGCCGAUUAUUGGCAGGAAAUGAGGAGCUAGCUAUUGCUCUUAAACAAGCGGUUGAUGGGAAAAAUGUUUCUUUUCUUGAGGCUGCACGAUCUGCUGGGUAUGCAGUACAUGAGGAUGAUCUGUCUAGCGUAUUCUUGAAAAAAGAUUACUAUUUUUCUUUUAUAGAAUUGCACAUAGAGCAAGGACCGAUUCUUGAAGAGGAAGGCAUUCCAAUUGGCAUCGUUACUGCAAUUGCUGCUCCUGCAAGCAUAAGCAUUGAUUUUGAAGGGAAUGGUGGUCAUGCUGGAGCUGUUCUUAUGCCAGCUAGAAAUGAUGCAGGAUUGGCAGCUGCCGAGUUAGCAUUGGCUGUUGAGAAACAUGUAUUGGACUCUGGUUCCUUUGACACGGUCGGCACUGUAGGUGUUAUGGAACUACACCCUGGAGCAGUCAACAGCAUACCCAGUAAAACACAUGUAGAAAUUGAUACACGUGAUAUUGAUGAAGAAAGAAGGAAUGUUGUGGUCAACAAGAUUCAUCAAUCUGCUGUCAGGAUAGCUGAGAAUCGUGGUGUCAAACUGUCAAAAUUUAAAAUUGUAAACCAGGAUCCUCCUGCUCUCUCAUCUAAUUCAAUAAUCUCCACAAUGAGAGAAGCAACAAAGCAGCUGAAUGUCAGUUUCAAAUUAAUGAUUAGCAGAGCAUACCAUGACUCCCUAUUCAUGGCCAGGAUAUCACCUAUGGGCAUGAUAUUCAUUCCAUGCUAUAAAGGUUAUAGCCAUAAACCCGAAGAGUUUGCCUCUGCUCAGGACAUUGCUAAUGGCGUAAAAGUGUUAGCUCUCACCCUGGCAAAACUAUCUGCUGAAUGACUUGCACUGUGAACAAUUUCUUAAGGCAAGUUUCACUUCAGAAAAUAAUAUUUGCUCAUACAAGUUAAUUUAUAUUUUUCUGUUUUAAUAAUUCCAAUAAAAAAAAACAAAAAAUUGGUUGGAGGUAAUCCCAAAGCUGUAAAUAAUGGAAUAAACUAUUAAAGAGCUGCAGGAUAAUUUCUUCUUCUUGUUCUUCUUGAACUGGGGUUCUAAGACUAAGAAUACUGUACAAUGUAAUUUAUUUGAGUUCUGGAACUACCUUAUCCAGAAUUAGAGUGCUACUUGAAUCUGCUUAAUAAUAUCCUCCAUGAUGUAUUAUAAUAA